GGCCUCCUACAUGCAUGCCGCUACUUCCUGGAUGGAAGAAUGGAACGCUUCCAGCGCUGCCUUUGCCUCUGCAACAUUCUCUCUAGAAUCAUAAGUGACACCGCAAGUCUGCGUUGAAUGGAUUAACAUACAAUCUGUAUUCUUCGAGCACUUUUUGUUUACGAAAGUUGACCGAAUUGAUUCGGACUCGUUUACUUUUAACUCUGGGAUUGACAGUUUCUCUGUGGAAAGAAAGACUAGCUGCAUGUGGCUGACUGUGACAGAACUAUUUUUCUGCGGUGCGCAGCCAUAGAUAUUCCUCGAAACAGAUGCUGAAUUUGUUUCACUGAAUUCUCUUUUAACCAAACUCCUAUUGGCGCUGCAGUUGCUGUAUCAUCUUUUGUGUUAACGUGUGUUUUCUGCAAUCAAGUUUAUGUAAUUUUGUAGACCUCAAACUUUAUCACCCGUUGCCUUGUUGCUCUCGAUGAGUAUUCUGUCAUGCGGAGCGUACUGGAACCGAGUCACUGGUGGACCUUAUCCAUAAUUUUUUCAGCCUUGGCGGUGUUUACUGACUGUCAUCUUGCUCUUCGGGCUGGCCAGUCGGGGUCAGCAAGGGAGAGGCAUCAUGGGAGCACGGGGGGCGUGGCGAGGGAGAGGAGGGCAGCAGGAGGUGAUGCCUAUUGGUCUUAUUCAGGGACCCACGGGCCUGCGGGCUGGGCCUCCACCUACCCUGAGUGUUCUGCCAGGAACCAGUCACCAGUGGAUAUCUCAGACGAGGAUGCUCAGGUGUCUCAGGAGUGCCAGGAAUUAACCCUCCACGGGUUCAACGCUGAAUCGUCCAACAAGACCUCAAUGAAGAACACAGGAAAGACCGUGGCUGUGCUCCUGAAGGAUGAUUACUUCGUACGGGGGGCGGGACUACCUGGACGGUUCAAAGCUGAGAAGAUGGAGUUCCACUGGGGUCACAGCAAUGGAUCGGCGGGGUCAGAGCACAGCGUCAACGGCAGGAAGUUCCCCGUGGAGAUGCAGAUCUACCUGUACAACUCUGAUGACUUUGACAGUCUCAGCGCGGCCAUCAAGGAGAAGCGCAUCAUUGCUGCGAUGGCAGUGUUCUUUGAGGUGGGGCGGAGGGACAACCCGGCCGUAGAACCCAUCAUCCAGGGACUGAAACGGGUUGUACAUCACGAGAAGGAGACGUUCCUGAGCCCAUUCAUCCUGAGGGAUCUGCUCCCGUCCUCACUGGGGAGUUACUAUCGCUACACGGGGUCUCUAACCACCCCGCCCUGCAGCAAGGUGGUGGAGUGGAUCAUCUUCUCCAGACCGGUCUUUCUCUCCCACUCACAGCUGGAGGCAUUCUACUCCAUCUUCACCACGGAGCAGCAGGACCAUGUAAAAUCAGUGGAGUACCUGAGGAACAACUACAGAGCCCUCCAGGACCUGGACAACCGGGAGGUGUGGAAGUCUGCUGUCAAAGACGCCUGGCUGAGGGAUCUGACGGACAGCCUAGGACUGGGAACAGACGGCACCACUGACCCAUCCAGAGUGUGUAGCAGUGCCCCGGUCAACAUGAAGAUCCAGCCACUGAACGCCACCGCCCUGGUAGUGAGCUGGCAGCGCCCGCUUAUAGUCUACCACCCGCCCAUCGUCAGCUUCAUGGUGUCCUACAGCUGGGGGAAGAACGACGUGGCCUACGAGAAGACCUUUACCAAGACGGGGGACCAGAACAUGAAGGUGGUGAUAACCCACGUCUCUCCAGACAUCCUGUACCUGUUCAGAGUCCAGGCUGUGUGCCAAAGGGAUCUACGCAGUGACUUCAGCCAGACGCUGCUGUUCCGAGCUAAUACCACCAGGAUAUUUGAGGGAACACGGAUUGUGAAAACUGGAAUGCCCACCAACUCCCCUGCGUCUUCGGCUGACAUGGCCCCCAUCAGUUCCGGCUCCUCCACCUGGACCUCCUCCGGCCCCUCCUUCUCCUUUGUCUCCAUGGCUACAGGAGGCAUGGGCCCCUCAUCCAGCGGGAGUCAGGCUACUGUGGCGUCGGUGGUGACCAGCACCCUGCUGGCCGGUCUGGGUUUCAGUGGAGGGGUCAUCUCCUCCCUGCCCGGCUCCCUCUGGCCCACACAGGCCCCGGCCGCCAGCCCUGGGUCGAAGCCCGCACCGAACCAUCAGCCUGCUCAGCACCCGGCCUCCAUCCAGCCCCCCACAGCCCCAGAGGGGGGGUCUGACGUGGACGCUGCAGCUGAGGAGACAGAGGCCAGGGAGGACACGGAGGCCGAGGGGGAGGAGGCUGAGGGGGAGGAGGAUGAAGGGGAAGACGACAGGAGAAAGAAGAAUAACAAGAGCGCACCUGAUGAGGUGGAGACACAGCUAAAUGGCACCGUGGCCGAAGAGCCCUCCUCCGUCCCUGUCCCCACAUCCACAGCCAAAGAGAAAGGACAGAGGCAGGGAGAUCCGCUGUCAAACAGCACCACACUGCAACCCAGUGUAGAGGAGGACCAAAUGGUCCCAGAGGACGGUAGCUCAGGACCUACGGUGGAGCCAAAGAAUGACACCGCACAGAGAGAAAUGCAGAUUCCCCAGGGACCAACGCACUCUCCGAAAACAGGCGCCGAGGAGAAGAGCCUUUGGCCUUUCUCCGUCCACACUGACAGGACAAGUGUGGGCACCAGCCCUCACCCCGGGGCGGGCCGGUUGGAGUGGAUUGUCCCCUUGGUGGUGGUCUCAGCUCUCACCCUGCUCUGCCUUGUCAUGCUGCUGGCUGUGCUGGUCUACUGGAGGAGGUUUUUCCAGACAGCUCACUUCUAUGUGGAGGAUAGUAGUUCUCCCAGGGUGGUGGCCAAUGAGAACAUUCCUGUAAUCCCCAUCCCAGAUGACAUGGAUGCCAUCCCUGUCAGGCAGUUCAUCAAACACAUCAUGGAGCUCUACUCCAAUAACCUGCACGGCUUCUCUGAGGAGUUUGAGGAGGUCCAGCGCUGUACGGUAGAUCUGAAGAUCACAGCAGAACAUUCCAAUCACCCGGACAACAAGCACAAAAACAGAUACAUCAACAUUGUGGCCUAUGAUCACAGUAGGGUGAAGUUAAGACCUCUGGCUGGGAAAGAUGCCAAACACAGUGACUACAUCAACGCUAACUAUGUAGACGGUUACAACUGCCCGAAGGCUUACAUCGCCGCGCAGGGGCCUCUAAAGUCAACCUUCGAAGACUUCUGGAGGAUGGUGUGGGAGCAGAACACCGGCAUCAUCGUCAUGAUCACCAACCUGGUGGAGAAAGGAAGGAGGAAGUGUGACCAGUACUGGCCAACAGAGAGCAGUGAGGAGUAUGGGAACAUCGUGGUGACGCUGAAGAGCACUAAAGUUCACGCCUGCUACACGCUGAGACGGUUCCUCAUACGGAACACCAAAGUCAAAAAGAGUCAGAAAGGCAACCCUAAGGGGAGGCAGAAUGAGAGAAUGGUCAUCCAAUAUCAUUACACCCAGUGGCCUGACAUGGGCGUUCCAGAAUACACACUACCUGUCCUCACCUUCAUCGGACGCUCCUCUGCAGCCCGAACACAUGACAUGGGCCCUGUCCUUGUACACUGCAGUGCCGGUGUCGGGAGGACUGGGACGUACAUUGUUAUCGACAGCAUGCUACAGCAGAUCAAAGACAAGAGCACGGUCAACGUCUGGGGCUUCCUCAAACACAUCCGCACACAGCGGAACUACCUAGUUCAGACCGAGGAGCAGUAUGUGUUCAUCCAUGAUGCCCUGAUGGAGGCCAUCCUGGGCAGCGACACAGAGGUGCCCGCCUGGCAGCUCCACGGUUAUGUCAACGGCAUCCUGACCCCUGGCCAGGGGGGGCGCACGCGCCUCGAUAAGCAGUUCCGGUUGCUGACCCAGUGUAAUGCCCGCUUCAUGGAGUGCUUCAGCGCCCAGAAAGACUGCAACAAGGAGAAGAACCGGAACUCUUCAGUUGUUCCAUCGGAACGAGCUAGAGUUGGACUGGCCCCUCUCCCUGGAAUGAAAGGCACAGACUACAUCAAUGCCUCCUACAUAAUGGGUUACUACAGGAGUAAUGAGUUCAUCAUUACCCAGCAUCCUUUGCCCCACACCACCACAGACUUCUGGAGAAUGAUCUGGGACCACAAUGCCCAAAUAAUCGUCAUGCUCGCGGACAGCCAUGGUUUGGCUGAGGAUGAGUUUGUGUACUGGCCAAGCAGAGAGGAGGCAAUGAACUGCUUAGCCUUCACCGUUACUCUGAUCAGCAAGGACAGACUGUGUCUCUCCAAUGAAGAGCAGAUCAUCAUCCAUGACUUCAUCCUGGAGGCCACACAGGAUGACUAUGUCUUGGAGGUGAGACAUUUCCAGUGCCCUAAAUGGCCCAAUCCAGACGCCCCUCUCAGCAGCACCUUUGAGCUCAUCAACGUCAUCAAAGAGGAGGCCAUGACACGAGAUGGACCCACCAUAGUACACGAUGAGUUUGGGGCAGUGUCUGCAGGGACUCUGUGUGCACUCACCACUCUGUCUCAGCAGCUGGAGAGCGAAGGGGCCGUUGACGUCUAUCAGGUGGCCAAGAUGAUCAACCUCAUGAGGCCGGGAGUCUUCACAGACAUAGAGCAGUACCAGUACCUGUACAAGGCUAUGCUGAGCCUGGUGAGCAGCAGAGACAGCGGGCUGAGCCCCCUCUACCUGGACACUAAUGGAGUGGUGGUCAUCAUGGACGAAUCAGAUCCUGCAGAGAGCAUGGAGUCCCUGGUCUGACUGGUUAACGGGUCUGACUGAUUAACGGGUCUGACUGGUUAACGGGUCUGACUGGUUAACGGGUCUGACUGGUUUACGGGUCUGACUGGUUAACAGGUCUGACUGGUUAACAGGUCUGACUGGUCACUGGUCGGACUGACCUCACUAUAGCUCCCACCACCACCCAAAGGCACUUAAUUUGUACAACUCUGAGAAACUAAGAGAACUUGGCAGACUUUCCCUGAGGCCUUUUUUGCCAGAACAAUUGGUUAAAAUGAACAACCCGAUUACCUUUUUUACACUGACUAUAUGACGUUUUUUGAUAUUUAUUUUUUCUGCAUUCUUUUAAUUGUUAUCCUGCUGAGUGUUUGCGCCUGUUGUUUUAAGUUGUUUCACGUGAGGAACAAGGAAGCCGCUCGGUCCAGUUUGCACUACACUGUCAGUGUUACUGCCUAACUCCCUGUUACAUGACGCAGUAGCGAUAUCCACCCCCCCUGGCUCCACUCCACUACACUCACUGAUCUCGUUUUUAAAAUUGGGGCCAAGAACAGACUUUCACCUCAAUAAAUGAAGAAUGAAGAACGAGGACGGCACUGAAGGUUAACAUGAUCCAGUCCAGUAGAUUUCAGACUCUCCCGGUUUAUUCCAAUGUAUGACAGUACAGUGUCUGGUGGUAAACGCUUAUAAUCAUGGUAAGCAUUUAUAAUCUGUAGACAGACUUUAUACGUAUUCCUAAACCCGAAUAUCCCCAUUCUUAUUUGUAGAUUGUACCCAUAUUUUUUUUUUGGAAAGUUGUAUUACAACUACUGUGAAUGUUUAUUGAACAUUUAUUGCUUUAUAUUAAGAUUUAUAUUGUUUUGUAAUAUAUGACUAUAUCCUUUAUCCUAUUAAGCAGCUGGUGUUACUGUCUGUUCCUCUCUUGCCUCCCACCUGUGUGGAUCCAGUGUUUGGACACACUGAGACACAUUGACUGCGUUUAGAGGGGCAGCCCAAUUCUGAUGCUUUUUUCUAGUCAUUUGUCCUUUGACCUGUCUUAAAACUUUUCACAUCAGAUUUGCAGAAUUGAUGUGAUUGGUAAAAAAAAAAAAAAGACUUGAGUCUUCAUGUAACUUUUCAGACUCAAGUCUUCAUGUAACUCAUAUACAAUUGAGUUUACUAAAGCACAGCUUUCAUCUUACCAAAUUAAUGGCGUUCUCAUUAUGUUGUCUGAAUGGGAUUUUUUUUUCUAAAUUAUAACAAAAAACACAGUUGAAAACUGUAAACUAGAAAUUAUAAUAAAAUAUUAGAACAUGUUUUUUGCUGUUACCACAAGAUUAUUGGAAUGCCUCCAACCAUCGGUCAGUUCUCCUUUUCUUAUAAUUUCACCCCCCACACCACACAGGAACAAACACACACACACACCAGAAGUCCAAAAUGUAUGUCCAUACUUCACUGUGUGGCAGUUUUAACUGGGCUAAAACAUAGGUUGUUUUUAUUGCCCCCUGCAAAAAGCCAAAAUAAUAUCUACCCUGCCCAUCUAUACUGUAGCUAUACUCUGUACUGAUACAUAUAUACUGUAUUUUCCUAUUCGUUUCCUCUUCUCACUCACGAGGAGCUUGCUAAAUGAACUCACAACUCUCCAACAUUUGGAGACAACCAUUAUUUUGCCUAUUUUUUUUUUUAUCUCAAUCAUUUAACUUUAUGCUGUAUACAUUUCAUUUAUAACAAAGUGUAAUUUGCUAUUUCAAAGUCAUGUACAUAAUUUACUGAAAGGAUCAAUAUAUGCUGUGUGAUCAUCAUAGACCUUUAUAUUUUCAUACAAAGCAUUUUUCUUUUACAUUGAACCUUGUAUUUCUGGUAUGUAGGAAUCAACUUUCCAUACAAACAGAUUACACAUUCCAACAAAAGUCCAUGAUGUAAAAUUGCAACUGAUUCUCAACAUAGUGCCCUAUUUUUGAGAUUCUCUACUAGGUGCCCUACUUUUGACCAAAAGUAGUGCACUUUAAAGGGAAUAUAGUGACCUUUCAAACAUUCACCAUUAUUUUUUUCUCUCAGGGUCGAAAUAUGUUAUUCCUCCCCAUUUGAAUAUUACACUUUUGUUAUAAAUUGGUUUGUGCUAUGGAUGGAACAUAUCCAGGGAGUCACUGAGUAAUGUUUGCCUCCUCAAUCCGUCUGAGCAAGUUCAGCAGUUGUUCUAUUUUGUAAACUUGAAAUUUAAUGAUUUUGUCCAUUAUAUUCUAUCAUUGUAUAAUAGUACCACGGUUUUGUAUUACUAUGGUACUGUAAUAUGAUAUCUCAUUAAUAAAGUGUAAUAGUGCUAUUUAAUACGUAAAUUGUAUUGCUAUACAUUAAAUAAAGUAUUGGUUUUGA